AAUGAAUCCCCUAACUAACGUGAAAAACCUUAAUAAAAUAAAUAAAAUAGAACUUGAGGCCGGGAUUGCCGGAACUUCAGGAUCUUGGCAUAAGAAGUAUAAAGAUUCGGCAUGGAUAUUUAUAGGUGGACUUCCAUACGAAUUAACCGAGGGUGAUGCUCUUUGUGUGUUCUCACAGUACGGAGAAAUUGUAAAUAUUAAUCUAAUCAGGGAUAGAAAAACUGGAAAAAUGAAAGGAUUUGGUUUCUUAUGUUACGAAGAUCAAAGAAGUACUAUUCUUGCAGUCGAUAAUUUAAAUGGUAUAAAAAUAUGUGGAAGAACAAUCAGAGUAGAUCAUGUUGAAGAAUAUAAAGUAAAACUACACGACGACGUAGACGAAACUACGAAACAGGUAAUAAUGGAAGGCUGCGCACCAGUAGCAGUUAUUCCCAGCGAUGACGAAAGGAAGAAAAAAUCAAAAAAGAAAAAAAAAAAGUCAAAAAAAUCGAAAAAGAAAGCUAAAAAAGCAGAAAGUUCCGAUGAUUCUGCGACAACAGAUAGUGAAUUCGAGUCAAAGGCAGACGUUAAAGCUAAUAUAAAAAGGGAAAAUAGCAAAUGGGAUGAAAGACCUGUUAAACAAGAGAGAGACGCUGAAAGUAGACGGAAUUCUAAAUGGGAUAAAAGGCAAACUGAAGAAUUUGAAUCUGAAAGAACUUUUAAACAGGAGAGAGAGUCUCAUUCAAAUAGAAGAGGGACUGGAGAUAGGCGUGAACAUUAUAAUUCGAGAGAUAUCCGUAGGUCUAGAUCAAGGUCCGGUGAGAGGAGGUAUGAUGGAAAGCAGAGAUUUCCAAAGAGAGAGCAACGAUCUAGAUCACGCUCCCCAGGUAUUAGACGAAACCGUGACGAAUACAGAGAAAAAAAUGAUUCAAGUACAUCAAAAUUGAGGCACGAUAGGAAUUUUCAAAGUCGAAAAUCAAGAUCGAGAUCGGCCGAACGAGGAAGAAACAAUAAUGAUAAAAAUUCCAGAAGAGAUCGUAGAGUUAAAUCUCGAUCUCAUGAUAGGCAAACUAGGAGAACGCGAUCCAGGUCAAGAUCCCCUAGGCGCUACAAGCGAUAG